CUCCGCUUCUCCCACCACCUCACUACCUCGCCGCGGGCGUGACGCGCGCGGGAGAGCUCGAGCUAGCUUGCUACAAAGCGCUCGCUUCGCUAGCUCGUCGUCGCGUCUGCAGCCGAGGAGGAGGAGGAGAUGGGGGACGAGUCGGAGGGGGAGACGGAGGAGUACCUGUUCAAGGUGGUGAUCAUCGGCGACAGCGCGGUGGGGAAGAGCAACCUGCUGUCCCGCUACGCCCGCAACGAGUUCAACCUCCACUCCAAGGCCACCAUCGGGGUCGAGUUCCAGACCCAGAGCUUGGACAUCGACGGCAAGGACGUCAAGGCCCAGAUCUGGGACACCGCCGGCCAGGAGCGCUUCCGCGCCGUCACCUCCGCCUACUACCGCGGCGCCUUCGGCGCCCUCCUCGUCUACGACAUCUCCCGCCGCUCCACCUUCGACAACGUCGGCCGCUGGCUCCAAGAACUCAACACACAUUCUGACACAACGGUAGCCAAGAUGUUGGUGGGAAACAAGUGUGAUCUGGAUAAUAUCCGUGAAGUACCAGUCGAGGAAGGCAAAGCGCUCGCUGAAGCUGAAGGGCUGUUCUUCAUGGAGACCUCCGCUCUGGACUCGACGAACGUGAAGACAGCUUUCGAGAUUGUCAUCAAGGAGAUAUACAGUAAUGUGAGUAGGAAGAUCUUGAAUUCGGAUUCCUACAAGGCGGAGCUUUCCCUCAAUAGGGUAAGCAUUGACGGCGAUUCAAAGGACGAUCAGAAACAGACGAGCCGGUUUGGGUGUUGCUAGGGGUUUUGGUGCACUGUUAUUAUUGGAUUCAGUAAGAUAUGAAGGUUUUUUUUAUUUGAUAUUAAUAUUGUUAUUAUUUGUAAACUUGUAAUCCAAAGCUGGCUUUUGGUUUGAUUACUGUGGUACACAUUGAGAAUUUGAGGUACAAAGUGAGAGAAAAAUAGUUGUUGCUAAUGAAGAGGUCGUCAUGUUCUAGCAAAAUUCUACUGGAGCUCUAACCUUUUGUUCCGUAUCCGAUAACUGGAUUCACUGUUGAUACUUGAAAAUUCAAAUUGGUGGAUAACUGGA